GUUGUUUGUGUUCAUUAAGAGAGCAACUGGGAUCUUCUGAUCGUGAAAAAAGUCGAGUGCGGAUCGACAUUUCUCUUUUCAUCUUUGAGCUCUGAUCGCUGUGUGUCUUGAUUCGAGAGAUUUCUGUUUUACUGCAAUUCAAGCGAAGCCGUGUCGUGAAUCCCUUCAGGCAUAUUGCGCUGGGAAUCAUGGCGGCUUGCAUGCCUCUCGCCUGCAGUGUGCCUUCCGUUCGCGUGGGGGCCCUUUCACAGGUCAUUCCCAAUGGCCCCUCGGAGGUUCGGAUUCCCAGUGGAGCUUCAAAGUUUGCACAACUCGUCGAUUGCUCGGGUCGAGGGCGAAAAUCGCACCGCACCGUUACAUCGUACUCCUCGAUCGGCAUGCGCAUCAGCGCCACAUUGGCGCAGGAAUCCCAGCAGACCGAGUUACAGCGGGAGGUUCUACAUGACAGUCUCACUAGCACUUUGAUGGAUGAUCCCACACAAGCCUCGCAUGGAGUCAAUUACCACCAUCCCGAUGCAGGAACAAACGGCUACGCGUUCUUCAUGCCCACAUUAAAUCUUAUCGGUGUGGGUGCUUUGAACGGAGCCGGAGCACAAAUCGCUGAGCUGGGAUUCAAGAAGGCUCUCAUUGUCACGGACAAAGUCUUGGUGAAGGUAGGGGCUGUUAACGCCAUCAUCAAGGUGCUGGACGAGAUCAAUGUGAAGUACUCAAUUUACGAUGGCACGGAACCCAAUCCCACCGAUAAGCAGGUCGAUGAAGGAGUGGCAAUGUUGAAGAAAGAAGAGUGCGAUUUCAUCGUUUCAUUCGGGGGCGGAUCACCUCACGACUGCGCCAAGGCUAUCGGCGUCUUAGCCACCAAUGGAGGGAGAAUCCAUGAUUACGAGGGUCUCAACAAGACCAAAAACGCCAUGCUUCCUCUAGUCGCCGUGAACACCACGGCUGGAACCGCUGCUGAGCUGACUCGCUUCGCCAUCAUCACAGACACCAAGCGACACGUGAAAAUGGCAAUUAUCGACUGGAAAGUAACUCCCACUAUUGCCGUGGACGAUCCUACGCUCAUGGUCGGAAUGCCCAAGUCUCUGACUGCUGCCACGGGCAUGGAUGCGUUGACCCAUGCGAUCGAAGCGUAUGUAUCCACUAUCUCGAAUCCUGUCACCGAUGCAUCUGCACUCCACGCCAUGAAGCUCAUCAAAACCUACCUGCGGGACGCAGUCACGGACGGCAAGAACUUGAAAGCUCGGGACAUGAUGUCGUAUGCCGAGUUUCUGGCCGGGAUGGCUUUCAACAGCGCCAGUUUGGGAUACGUUCACGCCAUGGCUCAUCAGCUCGGUGGCAUGUACAACUUGCCUCACGGAGUUUGCAAUGCUGUGCUUCUGCCCGUCGUUCAGGAGUUCAAUGCCAAGAAAGUACCGAUUUUGUUUAUAGACAUUGCUGAAGCUUUCGGGUAUCGUGAUAUUGGCGAGAACGCCGAUUUGGCAGUGAAGGUGGUUCUGGAAGAGAUCAGAUCCUUGAGCAAAGAUGUUGGUAUUCCCAAGAAUUUGGCGGAGCUUGGAGUCAAACCCGAAGACUUUGAAGAGCUGGCAGAGAAUGCUAUGAAGGAUGCGUGUGGCUUUACCAAUCCCCGUGCUCCGACCAAGCAGGAAGUCGUGGAACUUUUCCGUCUUGCUCACGAGCAGUAGUGAAUGAGCAGCUGUUACAAUGUCCGAUCCGGCGAGCAUUCAAGUCAAGCUAACCUUUCUCAAGCACAGACACAAUGGCCAAAAGAAGAAGAAACUCUCUAGCUCUGACAGAAGCUUAUUGAGAGGCACUCUCUAAGGUAUAGACUGAACACGAUACAAAAUGACAGAGGCAGUGCAGAAACGACACGACGGUGGAAACAUCGCUUGUAGAUAAUGAGGGGUGGUGACCAAUGCCUGAAUUAGAAUGGGUGUCAUAUAUCCAAUAAUCCAAAUUCUGAAACUUCAUAAAUUGUAGAAUGUAAAAACAGAGCUUUUUCCACAUCUCUAAUGCAGAUGGUUUUUUGACAACAAACCGAAGACUCCUUAACCUUGACUAUCGAUUCACCCUCGUCUUGGAGUUCAGGCUCAUGGUAUAGGAAGCUCAGAGGAAGCUAUGAUCGAGGAUUUAGUCGCAUCGCCUCAUCCAAAACAGCGUUAGAGUUAUGUGAGAGAGACAGCAAAAUAUUUAGCUAGAAGCGCUUCGAAGCUGAGAGCAUUCAGCAACGUGGACUGAAAUACACAAGCCAAUCUCUUGUGCAUUUCCAAUUCAUUAAUACGAACGAGAGCUGCUUGAAUUUUGUAUGAUAUUU